UUCGAGAAACAGCCGCCUUCCAAUCUCAGAAAAUCCAAUUUUUUCCACUUCGUCUUAGCUCUGUACGACAGGCAGGGGCAGCCGGUGGAGAUUGAGAGAACAGCUUUUGUGGACUUUGUGGAGAAAGAGAAAGAGCCAAACAAUGAAAAAACUAACAAUGGGAUUCAUUAUAAACUUCAGUUAUUGUAUAGCAAUGGAGUCAGGACGGAGCAGGACCUGUACGUUCGUCUAAUAGACUCAAUGACCAAACAG